UGGUUGGCUGACCGGGCAUCCAGGGUUUUAGGAGUGAUUGGUUGAUUCUGAGUGGCCUAGAGUUGACGUUGAUGGUGGCGCACGGUGUUCAAAUGGUUUUUUUGAGAUGGAAUUUGAGUGUUGAGUGUGCUGCAGCUUUCGUUUUAUUCUUUUUGGUUCUCCGGUUCAAUAAAGCGUUGGACGUCAUCGUGGUUGAAGGAUUGUCCACAGGUUGGAAAUUUAACUGCCCUACCAACAGCCCAUCGCAGACCUGGGCCGGAAUUCGUUUGUUAGUGUUCUCUUGUUUUGUCAUGUUUUGUCCUAGUUCCAAAUCUACUGCGUGUUGUUGUGGCUGCCAGACCGGACAGAAACAGCAUUUAUGCAGUAUGGCCUUGGCCCAUGGCCUUGCCUCCGCACAACGCGCGGAGACGAAAACUCAUCAUCAACACUUGUUGCAAGCGCCGCCAAAUAUCGCAACGUUAUUUGGAUUCUGGGUUCAAAGUCAUUGACACUGGCCUGCAGAAUUACUUAGUUGCAUUGUCUUCGCAGAUUGAGGCGUGCUACCUUCCCUGCCACACCUCUUAUUUGGAUGCAAAAGGCCAUUGGGACAUUUCUUGUUAUGCAGAGUUGGCUGCAGAGUUGCCGGAUUUGAUGGCACCAGGGGCUGUUGAGCACCCGCCAUUGUACGGUGUGAUAGAGCCUCUUCUGGUACAGCUAAUGGUGCAUUUGAACGAGUGGUGGCACACGAUCCAUCCUGAGAAAAAACAUUCUACGCUACAUCGGGUGCAAACUUUUGUUACAAGGUAUUCAGUGGAGCAUGGCAAGACCCAUUUGACCAGACAUGUUGACGGACCCCAGGUUCAUGCAUCCAUGAUCUUGCAGCUUCAUUGUCCGCAGGGGUUUGCUGGGGGAGGGGUGACAAUAUGGGAUCGGCAUUCUCGAAGCCAUUUCCAUCGGCUACGUGCAGGUUAUUUGUGCAUGCUGGAUCAUUGCAUUUGGCAUCAAUCACACGAAGUGACACAUGGGGAACGGUGGGUGCUAGUGAUUUUUUGUCAAGAAGUUUCGAUACAACAUGCAAGUGGGACCAAUCGUGGAGGAGUGGAGGAGUCUGCAGAGAUGGCGUGCCUUACCGCAGUUUCUCUGGCAAGUCGAGCUGCUGAAGAGAACUACCAAGUUGAUGAGGCCACAACAAUUGCUUUGAUGCAAAUGCUUCGACAUGGUGGUAAAGACGAGAGAGAAAGGGCUGCGUUCGCCCUGGGCUGUUUGGCAGCUAACUCCUCUCACAACCAAGCGUUGAUGGUGAGCUGCGGCGUUGUGCAUUUGCUAGCAGAUGUGCUGAAAUCCUUGACGCAUGGCUGUGGAAGAAGCUCUGGUACAAAUGAAUGUGCAUGGGUUGUUGCUGCCCUGGGCCGUUUAGCUUCCAAAAAUGUAGGAAAUAAGAGUUUGAUUGCUAGCGAGGGUGUGAUUCCACUAGCUGUUGAGCUCUUGAAGAGUGGCAAUGGUUUAGAGAAGGAGGAAGCUGCUUCCACCCUGUGCAAUUUGGCCGCCAACCACGAGGGAAACAAAGACAUCAUGAUUUCGUUGGAGUCAGCGCCUGCCCUGCUGCAGCUUCUUCGCACUGGCUUUGCGAAGCAGCGAGUGUGGGCUGCGACUGUUUUGUCCAACCUGGCUUCCGGUAGUGCACAGCGGCAGAGUGUCAUUUAUGCAGCUGGUGGCAUCCAGGCUCUGGUCCAGAUGCUUGCGGCCGAGACGGGCCAAGAGCGACAACGAGCAUGUGCGGCGCUCAUGACCUUCACAGAAGCAUAUCGUGAAGCCAUGCUGGAAGCUGGGGUGAUGAAGCUUUUGGGCAUAAUGACGAAGGCUGAAGAUUCAAGAGAGAGAGACGAGGCAAUGUCGCUGUGGAAGGACUUGGCGGAAGAGAGCUGAUUGAUCUGGAGAUUUGCCGAUCUGAGCUGCAAGAGGAGUCGAUUGGCCAGCAGGAUUUACCUAACCAAAGAGACAUCAAAGUAGUCUCGCCCCCACACGUAGCCACAAUAAAGCGACAAUACAGCGACCUCAACUGCAGCAGGCUGUAUAGAGUGUUCUGCAGUGUGCGUGAACGCAAGGAACGGCUUGAAGAGGGAUUCUGUUGG